GGUCGAAGAUUUCGAAGAUCACUCUUUACAUAAAGCUAAUUUGGAUAGCAAAAAAUAUAAGUUAAAAAUUGCCUUUAUAUUAACGAUUAAUUCUAAUAAAUCACAUGACUUAACGGCUUACGG